AUGAUGACGUUUUACACGCAGUCUUUGUCAGCUCAGAUUGCUAUUACCAGCGUGUUCUCCAUACUGGUGCUGAUCAGUGUGGUUGGCAACAUUUUGGCUUGCAUCGUGAUCCUCGCAAACCGCUCCAUGAGAACACCCAUGAAUUAUCUCAUUCUUAACCUGGCGUUAGCAGAUAUCAUGGUUGUGUCUUUUGUCACUCCACGCUUCAUCUUUAUUCAUGCAUUCGAUCACCCAGACGGACUGCUGGGAACGCUUAUAUGCAAACUGUUUACUGGCAGCAAUUUCAGCUGGUUGGGUGGCUCAGCGUCUGUGUAUUCCCUGGUGGCCAUCUCUGUCGAGCGUUACUUCGCUGUAGUCCACCCGUACGGUAACAGAGGCAAGCUAACGAUGAAGAGGGUUAAAUAUGUCAUAGCGGGCUGUUGGGUUCUCGCAGUAGCAUUCAACCUGCCGCUGUUCUUCACAAUGCAGUAUAAUCCAGAGAUUGACUUCUGCACCGAGUAUUGGCCAGCUAUGUGGAUGGCACGUGUUUACAGCACCUCCUGGUUAAUUUUCUUCGGUGCGCUACCUAUUGCUCUCAUGACCGUGCUUUACGCACGGGUCAUUAGGCGACUUUGGUUCAAACGAGAUCAAGGUUCUCGCGUCACGCAAGCAGCGGUUCUCAAGUCACGCAAACGCGUGACAAAAAUGGUGAUUACGGUGAGUUACGUUGAUUUUAAUCAAAAAUGGAUACGACCUAUCCGUGGUUGAAUGCUAGAAGACCCUAGAGCAUCCCAAUGGUAACCCGUAGGUCUCUGGUAAAUUUUUCUUCAGGACUUAUGACGAAUAAAUUCAACACGUUUCAUGAAAUAAAAGCGAAGGUUUACUGAUUUCGAACGGCAGGAUAGCAUACACUCACGACUGACUAAUUAGCCCUAUAUGUCCUAGAUAUUCCAGGUUGAAAACGAGAGACAACAAUAUAGUACAGUGGACAACAAGAAGUAUUUAGCAUAUACUUAAUAGUAUAUAAACCAAAUAGAUCAUAACUAAGAACCAAUCGAAAUGCUUGAAUGAUUCAGAUUAUCAUUUAAAACCCAGUAAAUUCCAUGUUGCUGUGCAUCUGUCCUCUAAUAGAUCAUAUGCAUGAACCAAUCAAAAUGCUUGUAUGAUUCAGCUUAUCAUAUAAACCCAAUAAAUUCCAUGUUCCUGUGCGUUUGUCCUCUGAUAGAUCAUAGGUAAGAAACAAUCGAAAUGCGUGUCCAAUUCAGCUUAAUAUAUAAUGCAGUAUGGUAUACACCCAUUGAUGUUUACCACUACUACUACUACUAAUAAUAAUAAUAAUAAUAAAAAUAAUAAUAAAAAAGAGUCUAGCGCUUGUGACAUUGUCAACUGAGAGGAGUUCGUUGAAGGAACUUUACAUUAGCAAAAGAAAAAGUGGUAAAUUAUUUUUUGUUUCCUGUUGACUUUUCGCGCGGACUAACCACACGAGAACGCACGUGCAGACUUAUUUUUUCUUCGGUUUCAGGUCAGCUUAGUGUACAGCGUCACGUGGUUUCCAGUCCUAAUCAUCUACAUGUUGAACUACUUUCAUGACUCACAGCAGUAUGGAAACAUUGUAUACAUCAUCGGCAUCGUAAUUGUCACCUUCAACUCGUGCGUUAAUCCCUUCGUUUACGUGUUCGUCAAUGAGCGCUUCAGAAACCACCUGAAGCGGUUGUUUAGGCUCCCUUGUCAGGGUGCGAAUCGAAUGAACUUGGAGCGGGGCGAGCCUACAAAUGAUGGAGCAGAUAGCAGUUCACAACAUCACAGACCAGCCAUUUAUGUAGUUGCUCAAGAGUUAGGUAAGAGAUGCAAAUCGCGGUUUAUUGCUGUAUGUUUUCAUAGACUCCAAGCAGACUUUUCCAAGAACAUAGGAAAGAGCGCAAAUUUUAGGCAAGAAAGAUAUCUUUUCGCCUCGUGUCGAGUGAGGGACAAGGGAAAAAAAUCUGAGUCCCCACGACGAAACGAACUUUUAGAUAACUCUGUAAUUGUUAAUAAAAAGUUCGUAUCGCCCAAGGCUCAAGUUAACAAGUACUUUUCGAUCACGUUUUUGUAUUGUGCGAUAACCUCAGCUUGUGUAAUCUGUGAUUGUUGCAGAGCUCUGCUGAUAACGAUCUUUGCUGAGAUGCCUCUGCACACUGCAUCAAGAAGAGAGACGAUCACAUUUAGAUGGAAGGCUAAGAAUGAUGACCUGAGGUCCCCGAUGGGGCUAAAUAAUAUCGUUAUCAUUGGAUAAGCAUAAGCCUCGAAGCCGGUUAUAAAGGGACUUUAAAUGAUAAGACAACCAACCUUUUUAUGCAUUCAUCUUCUGUUUCUUCAAUUAUUUGUCAGCCAUUUAUGAAUCUAUUGAUUUAUUUAUCCACUUAUUUAACCAUAAACUGCCCUCGUAAACACAAACAAAAUAAGAAAUAAAUGCAUGGUCGGAUCUAGGAUUUUCCUAAGCAGGGGGUGCACCACAAAAGAAUGACGUAACUGACAGGUGAAAAGCGAACAGAGUCUCUUUGGAUGUUGGUUGAAUACUUUUUUGCCUUCAACUUGACCAAUCAGAUAAAAUGUUUGUUGUGUUAUGCAACUCCAUCACCGUAAAAAGUGUCCCCCGAAAGUUAAUCUUUCUUAAAAGAAAGAGCCUUUAUCUAUGAAACGUUGCGAAAUUUAAGGGACCCUUGGUAAAUUUUUAAAAGCGUCGAAGUUUCAUGGUUGCCGUAUAUUGUCAUUUUAUAGAAUCAAAAUGAAUAAAAUCAGGUACGAAUAUAUUAAAAGAAUCCCUAUGAGACUUGACUACAAUGGUGUGGAAAAUAAUAAUAACAACACAAUUAAUUUGCACACGGUCUCUUGAAGAUCUAAGCACGGAAAGAAUAUUCCUUAGAAGUUAUGUCAAUUUCUCAAAAGCAUGUCAAUGUAUGAGAUGCUUUCCUCUCAGGGAUUCUUCGAUCGCGAGAAUGGCGAUAGUGUAAAUGUGUAGGUUCGCUUUAUCUUUCCCGCUUGCAGACCUUGCCGCUUCCGGUGGAAAAGUUCUCAAACGAGUUUUCCUUGUUUGACGAGACUUCGACCUAUCGGGUAUACGGUUGGGAAUCAAAUACGAUACUCCUUUAUCAAAUUUCCUCUGAGGAGUUUCUCCCCAGUUUCGUAUGCUAGACCAUCACAUGAAAUAAGGUAAUCUUCGUUUGCACAGCAAUAUCAUAUAAUCCUCUCUGGAUCGUUAUUGUAACUCACUAUUUAAUAACAACCACACACAGUCCCCCAUAGUAAGCGCAGUGCUCAGCAUAAAUGAUCACAUGACAUUGUUUUUCUAUCGAGCUAAGGACAAAAGUGCGUUGCGAAUCUCUCAGCGUAAGCAGAACACGUUAUUUCCUGUCUACACGUCGAAGGAAGGAUCGAUCCUUUUAUAAAAGGCUGUGUCAAAGGUGAGAUUAGACUUUCAAUGUUAGUGACUGAAACGUUUCUCUCACUGUGAAGGCAGUAACUAUUUGUAAAAUGUUAAGUCGCACGAUGCAAACGGUGAAUCUUCCGGCCCAGCUAAAAACGUGCCUACACCACGUUUUUUUUAUUAUUAGUUUGAUGGUGUGCUACUCUUGUGGUGCUCAAUACUGUGCCGUUUAGCCAGGAUCAUUACUGAUAGUCCGCUAAGUAUCUCGUUUAAAAUCUUACUCUUCGUAUAAGUUUCGAGUGUCGCUUUCGCGUACGUAAGUCAUGCGUGUUCGUUCAGCGCCAGAUUCUUGCCACUCACGCACUCCAUUUAUUGGAGUCGAAAUGAUAAAAGCCCAGCCAGAAGACUAAAAACCAGAGAUUGCGGAGCUAGAAACACGUCUAUAGCCGUUCGCUGAAAGAAAAUUCUUUAGCUCAUUACCUUCUUUCCACCAGUUGCUAUUUUACCAGUUUAGCAUAAAAAUGGAACACCUGUUGACGGUCUCAUGAUUUCGUUAUCAUGUGUUAGCGGGUUACAUUGUCAUACAAUGCAUAAUACAAUUUUGUCUUCGACACAUAAAAUUUUGUUCAUUUCAAUCAUGCGUGGGGCAGAAAAAAACCAAAAAGAUCCCCACGAAUCAUCGUUUCGCCCAGUUGACUCAAGGUUUUCUAUUGUUUCCGACUAUCUUUCUAACAACAACAUAAGCUUAUUUUCAAUAAGUCUCUGAUGAAUAUUCAGUUCCUGAGAUAAUGACGUUGAUGAUAUUGCAACGAAGUAACAGACUACACCUUUGACUGAAUAUCAAUGUUUUAAAUUUUAAAUGCAAGGGUUGUUUUCCUGGUUUAAAUACCCAGGACUUCCCUGUAAGUUCCUUAGAGCUCGUAGAUUUGCUCUUUUCCGAGUAUGCUAGUAUUAUCCCAUCAAAUAAUUUUCUGCUAUACCCCUUGAAUCAAAGACACAAAGCCACUAUUUAAAGUGGCUCUUUAGUGGAAAACCCUCUUAAUGUAUACUUGAAAAUGAAGUACAUCACUGUAUGAGUUCAGAUCAAAAAGAGGCAAACAGAUGACCAAUAGUUGUUGACAGUGAUUGCUCUUACGAUAAAAACGUUAUGAGGAAAAGAUUCCAUGAACCUUUAAUACUUGAUAUUGUUCUAGGACUCUCAAAAUAUUUAAAUUCACUGCUCUUACAAUCAGGCCUCUCUGAACCAAUGCAAACAAACAGUGAAAUAAUCAUUUAAACUAAAACGAGGUAAUUAAAUUGAUCUUGAUUUGUCAUUGGCAAGUAGAUCAAUUAUUUCUAAAGCUACAUGUUUAGGUUUAAAGGCAAAUAACUGGGCGAUGAGAGACAUCAGUGAUAACCUACAGAAGGUUAUUACUUUUAUAAUUCAAUUAACAAGUUUUUUUUCUCAAUUACCUCUGGAAUCACUGCCUGAUAUCCUAGAGAAGUAAUCUGCCACUUUCCAUGGAAAAGCAUGGACAAGACUGCCAUGAUUGGAUCAUCAUUUGCCUCAGAACAUAGUUAAACAGCAUUGCAUAUAAGCAAACCAUUAUUUCGAGAAAGUUAUAUGCAGGUCAGAUAUUGAGUUUUUGGGUGGUGACAAGGACAAAUUAAAUCCUUCAAAAGAUAAUCCAAAUACUUACCAGCUACUUAGGACUCAUUGUUUCUCAAAUCUUCCUAGGGAAUCAACUUGUGAACAAGAGAAUUUGACCCCUCACAACCAACAUGGCAAUGUUACAAAGAGGUCAUCAAGUGCUACUGACAAUGGCAAGGCAAUGUACUGUGAGGCAUUUCAGAUCAGCACCAAUCUUGUUAAAGGCUGGCAGAACACAAAAUGAAUUCACAGGUAAAAAAAAAUUGGAUGGAUUUCUACCAAAUGUAGGGUUUGUAAUCCUUAACCAUUCCAUCCUUAAGAGUGAGAAGGUUCUUAUUUCCUCUUAAUAGUCUAUCCCUUGAAUCAUAUGAUUAAGUUGUGAGAAUACAGGAAAUGAUCAGCAAGUAGCAAAGCCCUUGAUGGUUUUACAAAUUCUCCAUGUUAGAACUUAGGAAAUGUAUAGAGAACAGUAUGGAGAAUAUAUAUAAUGAUGUUAGGGCAUAAAGGGUUAAGUUUAGAAGGAAGUCAAUGAAAUACUGUAAACACAACUUACUGCCUCCAAGAAAUGAACAAAGCUACUGCCUGCGACAACAGAGAACAUAUAAUCUACCACGCUCGCGCACAGACCGCUUUAGACAGUCCUUUGUGUAUGCAAUGUCCAAAGAUGCCUAGCAACAAACAACGCGUAGUACUUAGCUAGUAACUAUACAUAUUUUAAUCCCAUUAGAUACUUAUAUUUUUAUAUCAUGUACAUAUGUUUGUGAUUAGUUUUAACAUUUGCCUAUUUAUAUAUUUCUCUGUGAAAUACACAAUUCAGUCUAAUGACUGCAAUGUAUUUGUGAAUAAACAGUCUAUCUAUCAAUCUAUCUAUCUAUCUGGUAACUGUUUCAAAUAAUUUUCCAAAUAAAUGCGCUUUGAAUUCAGACCUUUCCAACACUAGUUUUUAAAAUGCAAUAAUAAUUUUAUAUGUUUUUUUCUUACCUUUGAUUCUUUUCUUGCUAAUAACUGUAGUGCUUUUUUUUUGUUUUUUUGUUUUUUUUUUGUUUCAAGGUUUGGAAAAUUGUUUCAUUUGGGAUGACAAGCAUGGUUUUGGAUUUAACAAAGAUGGAGAAGUUGUAAUUGUCACACCUAAUACGCUACCCACACACUCAGUGUUCAAUUCUGAGAACUUCAAACAAAUGUGUGAGUAAACUAUUAUUUUCCUAAAGUUUUUUGUCAAUGUUAUUUGAUCAUUAAAGGUUUUUUAUUUUCAUGCUUAAAUUCAAGUAAUUAAAAAUUUUUUGGGAAUGUUUCAGCUCCAGAACUUGAUGAGCAGACUACAGAGAAUGAUCAGAUUAAACCACUGAUUUUGGACAUAAAAGAUACUUCAGGUUCAUUCAAUGCCAGUGAGCAUCACUAGUUGAGUGGAGACAUUGUAUGAGGUGAUAGUAAAUAUCUCAGGAGAUUGCUUUCAAUAUAUGGAAUAUUCAAAAUUUUGCGAAAUGGAUAUUUGUAGCACGUAUGUAUUUAAUGUCUAGAAAGUUACAACCCUCGUUACUAUUAUAAUAAACUUCCCUUUCCUAAACACACCUCUGGAUGAUACUACUUUUGAAGGCAUCACCAUGCACAGUUUUUUAAACAAAAUUUUUAGCAACAUGAAAGUAUAUGCAGAGUGCUUUCCUGAAUAUUUUGUUGCCACUUACAUGUAAAUAAUACUAGGAUUCUGCCCUUGUGAGUUGAGUAUGUUGGAAAUCAAAUGGUCUUUCUGAUAACUCUCUUUUUUCAAUUGUUUGCUAGUCAAAUGCAAAUAUGUUUAAGUUUUAUUUAAUGAUAUCCUGAAAACUUUUAGUUUGGUCACUAUCUUUAAGUUGAAUCCUGCCAACAAACACCGAUCAAAACUUUUAUAUUCACAUGCAUGCAUUACCAUAAUCUCCUAAUCUAUUUCAUAAUGACACAUACAUUACUGGAAUAUAACUACUAAAGUUUUAUACACAAAAUGUAAUUAUUUGUUUGUAAUAGAGUAAAUGAUUCUUAAUGUAAGGAAAAAAGCCUUCAUCUGAAAUGUUGUGACUAAACCCUUGGGUUAUUGGAAUCUUUUUAAUAUUACAAACUUGUCAAAUUUCAAAUAAGUUUAACUUAUUUGUUCAAUUGUUAGAGCAAAUUGUGUUCUUGUGUAAUAAUAAGUACUCAAUCUUUCUUAGGAAGGGGGUUGAAGAAUCACUUUUCGAUGUAGAUUUUUGUUGGGUUGCAAUAUGAUUGCUUUCCAAGCUGUGUCUAAAAUAAGAUUUGGACCUGAUGUGGCUUGAAUUUUUACCAAGUACCUUAUACUUUAAAUAAUAAAUAUUUAUCAUUAAUUUGACUGCAUUUUUGUUUCUGUUGAGUUCAGGUGUGGUUGCUAUCUUCCCCUUUAUCAUCCCCUCUAACUUUCAGAAGUUGCAAACAUCCAUCUUCUCCUUUUGAUUUCAAAUGUUAUCUCACAAUCAGAUUAUGAAAACAAACAAGCUUAUUAGCCAUGGGAUGUUAUUUUGAUGGAAGACAAAAUUCUCCCAUCCAAUUUACAAGGAAAUGUGUGGCAGUCAAACAGAAGAACUACUAAUUGGAUAAUUGAAGAUGACAAGGCUUUAAAUAAGUUUAAGUAGAGGGAAAAAAAGCAAUGAGACACUGCCAUUAAGUUACAUCAGAUUACAUGCAAGCCAGGGAGCUAGAGUUCAUGUUAUCAAUUUGGCUGAAAUUCAUGAUUGCAUCAUUUCAUGGACAAUACUGGGUUGAGGGAUGGAGGUAACAGAGGCAAGGACUAAUUGGUGAGAGCCCUUUUCGGGGGCAUGGCCAGGACUUUUCACCAGAAUAUUGUAGGUUGUUUGCAUAACUCUUUAACUCCCAGAUCGUUUAAGUAAUUCACCUCACUGUCAGCAAUACAAUUCUUGUAUUGACAUUGUGAGGAGAAAUUCUGUCUUGGUCACUCAUGGGAAUUAAUGGAUAAAAAAGGCUUACAAAGGAAAGGGGGGGGGGGUUCAUGGGAACCCCAGUACCCUUCCCUAAAACUCUUGCCUUCAGGUCAAGGUAUCAGUAGGUGUUUGGCAUAGCAAAGAAGCUACAAAAGGGUACAAUACAUGUACA